AUGUCGGCUAGAUGUACACAAUACUGCGAUGAGGAUAUCAUUUGUGAUGAAGGUGACGAUGAUGACGUCACUCCGAAUUUGGCUGGCGCCGAUUGGGAGCAUGGAGGGGAUGAGGGGAAGUACUCGUCCUCACGGGCGGCCUCCAUCUUUCCGAACGCGCCUCCAGCAUCGCGAAUCGAUCCACCGGAGCCACCACCGCGUCCGGCACCAUCUCCGUGUCCGCCGGUCGAAAAGCGUGCGACGACACCAGUCAAACGGGUUGCGGCUCUUGAAACGCUGAGCAUUCUGGAAAAAAUUUAG